CAUUAUUCGUUCACGAUAAAUUAAGAUUGAACAAUUAGUCGAUCAGAAUGGUCGAACAAGCUAUUGAACGAGUGUAAAGCAACAGUUAUGACCGAUUAGUAUAAAUCGACAUGGAUAUGUAAAAAAAUCUAUAAUAUGUUCGUGUUGAUUAAUCUUUAUCAACAAUGUUUCGAUAUAGUGUUUUAUAGACUAGAAGAAGAAACGUGAUAAACAAAGUCUUUCAGAAACCACAAAUUGAGUCUACCAGGCAACGAGUAGGUUAUCUUCAGAAUGAAAAAGUGAAAUUUAUAUUAAAAUGUCUUUGUACAUAAAAAUGAAUAAAUGGGCUCCAAAAUUGACAAUCAUCUUUCAGCUAACUAUUUGGAGUAUUGUUGGAAUUAUACUUUUACAAAAAGGUGCAAUAUCCCUAUGUGAAAGAACAAAGGCACAAAAUGACACAAUUAACAUACAGGAAAAAUUUACAACCUGGAACGAAGAUAAAUUAUUUACAGAAAUAAAUAUCACGGAAAAUCGUCUCAAAAUUAUAAACUUUCGAAUCGAAAGCCAACGAAAAAAUGUUACUAUUGAUCAUUCUAACACUACAUCGAAAAAACAGUGGCCGCGUGAUUUGUAUACCUCUCAUACAACGAGUAGUAUUGGUAAUGGAAUAUCUAAAAUAAUUUCAAUGAUUAAGGACCAAACAGCAAUUCGUCAUGACUAUGAAGCUAGAAAUGUAUACGCAAUUCAAACUUCGUCAAUUCAUUCAAACAACAAAAAUGAAGUAGAAAAAAUAAAUCACAAAAAGAAUGUUAUUAUUCCACUUGCUUUUAAUGAAGAUUCUUACGGGAGAGAAAACACUAUGAUAAAUAAUAGUACAUCAAGUGUUUCGUUUGAAUUUAAAGAUUUUGGUUCUACUAAUUUUAUCAGGCUGAAUGAAAGAAAUUUAUUUGAGCAUGAAAAUAACGAAAUAUCCUAUAAAGAUGUAGGAAACAAUAAGAGUGAAACAAAAUCGCAACGCCUUCCUAUCAAUCGAGUUGGUACAGCUAUUGCCAUAAUUAUGCUUGCAAUCGGCGUUGUUAUGUUACUUUUAGGACCGCUCAUAAUUAUCAUACGCACUUUUAAUAAUAGAAGACGAACUAGAAAAAUAUUAAAGUCAAGGUGUUAUAAUGAUCAGCCACCAACUUACGAAGAAGCAACAUUAAUGGACCAAGCACCGAAAUAUUCAACACUCCAUUUGGACAAAAUCCUCGAUUCUUCCUUUACUCUUUAACUCCUUUCAACCACCGACAUCUUCUCUUCCUUUCUUUUUUUCGCGCUUUCAAAUUUCCUCUAUUUCUAUAUUUCUAAUUCCUAAAUUUCUUUUCUAUUGUUCUACUUCCUUUUGUUACCGUCAUAAUGUUACAAAUUUUUUAUUUAAGCAUAAUCAAAUAAUACUUUGUAUUGUAUUUAAACUAAAGAUUACCUAUA